UUUAACAGUGAUUUCGUUCGUGAUCGCUCGAAUGGAUUAUAACAUAGAUACAAUGUCUUCCUCGCCACCCAAUGAUAUCAGUUCGCGUGGGCAACGUACCGGGACGCAUGCUAACGCCGCCAGUCUGGCAAAUACUUCCGAAACACAGGUAACAGUCGAUUUGGCGUACGAAAAAACAAACAGGGUUUAUAAACUGGCAAUUCGGCAAAUGUGGUCUCUUUUGUCCGGAAUGUCUGGAACACAGCUUAAUGCACAAGCAUAUACAUUCGUUACAGACGGUAUGGUGCUAUUGCAAUUUGCAUUUAAUUCAGCGUGCAAUUUACACGUUGCGUCGAUGCUCAGAGAGUUCGAAAGUGUGGUCACUCUCCUGUGGCAACCCGUUGACCAACGUGCACCGAGGAUCGAACUGGACAGGGAAAUAUAUGAACUACAAAGAGUAAAAACCAUUGGACAAACUUAUCUUCAGGAGAGGGACACAUUUUCGCAAUCGGCAGACAUAGUCAGGGCUCGAGUCGAGAACAUUCUUCGGAAAAUGGAAGUCAUCCGGAACGCGUUUAGCUGCACAUUGCAAGCCUACCGCAGACGACAGUGAACCUUUAUUGCAGACGCUUUUGGUGUAAUGUCGCGAUGUGCCUUUACAAUGAUUGAUUUGUUUAACUAUGUAACCUUCCAUCCUUUAUAUAUCGUUUUUUUAUUCUGUGUGUAUGUUUUCUACCAAACCAAGAAUCUAGCAAGAUCAAUAAAUAGAUCUUUAAUAUGACAGGUACUUUUCAUUUGUUUUACAGGUGUGCAAUGAUUAGCAAUAUUAUAAAUAAUGAUGGUACUUAUUGUAACAUACUGAAACAUUUACUUUAUUUCGCAACACUCUUUUUUAGCCUUAACUGUCCGUCAACAUCAUAACAUGUACAAACAUUUCUCAACCCGGUUAAAGUGCGGUCAGAUAAACUUAGCCUUUUUGUGCUUCCGUUACGGUAUUUAUAAAGGAUUGUGCGGGUCUAGACUAAUAACUCUAACCUAUGUUUGUGUCUUUUUCUAUGUAUAAAGCAAUGUGCCGAUCUUAUUAUAUUAACUUAUUUUUGUAUUUAUUUUACUGUAUUUAUAAAACAUUAUGCGGGGUAUUCUUGACCAUGGUUAUAAAUACAGCAAAGGAUGUACAUGUAUACGACGAUCGGCGUUUUAAAAUAAAGGUCCAUCAUUAGAUUGUCUAUUUCCGUGUAAUAUUGACAAUAUUCAAUAGUACCGAAUAAAGCCGAAAAUAGACUAUAAACGAUGUCAAAUCGUUUUAUUAAUAGAGAGGUUACGUCAAAUACCAACAGUACCAAAAACAAUAACUCAAUAAUGUUGCGUUUCAUUGUUCAACUACAUAUAUAUAAAUACUUAAGCAAAUUUACAUACCCAAUGGUUAUUCAAAACAUGGAUGCAGACAGCACGAACAUUCAGUUUCUUACAUUUUAUUAAAUAUAUAACACAUGUGUUGCUAUUAAGUCAUAUGAUUGCAUAAAGUUGUAUUGCAUACCUCUACAUGGUCUCUUAAUAAAGUGAUUUUAAAUGGAUU